GGAAAUCCCCCCGGCUGUCGCGGUACAACUGAAAGGGUAGAAAGGAAACUGCGCAGUCUGCAGCCCUCGCAGCCGAGCGCCAGGACUUUGGAGUGCGCGGGGGCGGAGCGGCGAGCGCGGCCGCCAGAAGACAUCACACACACCCCCACCCCGGCCGGUGAGCGAGCCCUAGCCCCGGCGUCCAUGGGACGCCGCCUCGUGCCGACCCCCGCCCCGACCGCCACCUGCGGCGCGCGCCUGCGGUGACCGGCGCUUUGGGGAACUUGGGACUGACUCUGGGAGAGGAUCGCGCCGCCCGGAGAGGUGGUGGAGAGCACCAUGGCUGAACAACUGCUUCCUCAGGCUUUGUAUUUGAGCAACAUGCGGAAAGCUGUGAAGAUCAGAGAGAGGACCCCAGAAGAUAUUUUUAAGCCCACCAAUGGGAUCAUUCAUCACUUUAAAACCAUGCACCGAUACACGCUGGAAAUGUUCCGGACUUGUCAGUUUUGUCCACAGUUCCGGGAGAUCAUCCACAGAGCUCUCAUUGACAGAAACAUCCAGGCUUCCCUGGAAAGCCAGAAGAAGCUCAACUGGUGUCGGGAAGUCAGGAAGCUGGUGGCUCUGAAAACCAAUGGUGACGGGAACUGCCUCAUGCACGCCGCGUGCCAGUACAUGUGGGGCGUGCAGGACACAGACCUGGUGCUGAGGAAGGCCCUCUUCAGCACCCUCAAGGAGACGGACACCCGCAAUUUCAAGUUCCGCUGGCAGCUGGAGUCCCUCAAAUCCCAGGAGUUUGUGGAAACGGGGCUGUGCUAUGACACCCGGAACUGGGACGAUGAAUGGGACGACCUCGUCAAAAUGGCAUCCACAGACACCCCCGUGGCGCGAGGCGGGCUGCAGUAUCACUCCCUGGAAGAAAUACACAUAUUUGUCCUUUGCAACAUCCUCCGAAGGCCCAUCGUGGUCAUUUCAGACAAAAUGCUGAGAAGCUUGGAAUCAGGUUCAAAUUUCGCCCCUUUGAAAGUGGGCGGGAUUUAUUUGCCUCUGCACUGGCCUGCCCAGGAGUGCUACAGAUACCCCAUCGUCCUCGGCUACGACAGCCAGCACUUUGUGCCUCUGGUGACCCUGAAGGACAGUGGACCCGAAAUCCGAGCUGUGCCCCUGGUUAACAGAGACCGAGGAAGAUUUGAAGACCUAAAAGUCCACUUUUUAACAGAUCCUGAAAAUGAGAUGAAGGAGAAGCUCUUGAAAGAGUACCUGAUGGUGAUCGAAAUCCCAGUGCAAGGCUGGGACCACGGCACGACGCAUCUGAUUAACGCCGCGAAGUUGGAUGAAGCCAACUUGCCCAAAGAGAUCAAUCUGGUCGACGACUACUUUGAACUUGUGCAGCACGAGUACAAGAAAUGGCAGGAAAACAAUGACCAGGGGAGGAGGGAGGUGCACACCCAGAAGCCCGUGGAACCUUCCAGGCCCCAGCUCUCGCUCAUGGAUGUCAAAUGUGAAACGCCCAACUGUCCUUUCUUCAUGUCCGUGAACACCCAGCCCCUGUGCCACGAAUGCUCCGAGAGGCGGCAAAAGAACCAGAACAAACUUCCAAAGCCGGGGCCAGAGGGGCUCCCGGGUGUGGCGCUUGGGGCCCCUCGGGGAGAGGCCUGUACGGAGUCCUCAGCCUGGCGGCCCGAGGAGCCAGCUGGGGGGCCGCAUUCGGCGCCGCCGACAGCCCCCAGCCUUUUCCUGUUCAGCGAGACCACGGCCAUGAAGUGCAGGAGCCCUGGCUGCCCCUUCACGCUGAACGUGCAGCACAACGGAUUCUGCGAGCGUUGCCACCACGCGCGGCAGCUCAGCGCGGCCCACGCCGCGGGCGACUCGAGGCAUUUGGACCCUGGUAAGUGCCGGGCGUGCCUCCAGGACGCCACCAGGACGUUUAAUGGGAUCUGCAGUACUUGCUUCAAAAGGACUACAGCAGAGCCCUCCUCCAGCCUCAGUGCCAGCGUCCCUCCCUCGUGUCACCAGCGCUCCAAGUCAGACCCCUCGCAGCUCAUCCAGAGUCUCUCCCCGCAUUCUUGCCGCAGAGCUGGGAACGACACCCCCUCUGGCUGCCUCCCCCCGGCCGCACGGACUCCAGUGGACAGGACGGGGACAAGCAAGUGUAGAAAAGCUGGCUGCACGUAUUUCGGGACUCCAGAAAACAAGGGCUUUUGCACCCUCUGUUUCAUCGAAUACAGAGAGAACAAACAUUUUGUAGCGUCCUCGGGGAAAGCCAGUGCCGUGGCCUCCAGGUUCCAGAACACCAUGCCAUGCCUGGGCAGGGAAUGCGGCACCCUCGGCAGCACCACAUUCGAAGGCUACUGUCAGAAGUGUUUCAUUGAAGCGCAGAAUCAGCGAUUUCACGAAGCCAAGAGGACAGAAGAGCAACUGAGAUCGAGCCAGCGCAGAGACGUGCCCCGAACCACACAGAGCAGCUCCAGGCCUAAGUGCGCCCGGGCCACCUGCAGGAACAUCCUGGCGUGCCGUAGUGAGGAGCUCUGCAUGGAGUGCCAGCACCUCAGCCAGCGCGUGGGCUCCGGCGUCCCCCGCGGAGAGCUCGCCCCCGAGGAGCCCCCCAAGCAGCGCUGCCGGGCCCCAGCCUGCGACCACUUUGGCAAUGCCAAGUGUAAUGGCUACUGCAACGAGUGCUUUCAGUUCAAGCAGAUGUAUGGCUGACGGGAAACAGGCCAGCUGCCGUCAACGUGGUGCUAUACUCCAGGCCUCCAGAGCCCACUGGAGGGGCAGUGCCCGCCACGGGGAGUGGGCUCAAGCGUGGCUGAGCAGGGAACGACAGAUAAGCUCUUCAUCCAGGCCGUGAUGGGGAUGGGCUCGGGUUUGGUGACCGGGGCGUCCACCCAGCAGAGCCGGGGACUGGAUCCUCCCAUGCCACCAUGUGGAAGGCCCGGAGCAUCUCCGGACCCGGACCCUGCCCAUCGGGACUGCCUCGUCGUCUUGUUGAGGAAAGGGAGAGCUCACCCAGGCGGGUGGGCUGGGAGAGCCAGGGCCUCGCCCCCUGCCCUGUCACCACCCCACUCAGAGGGGGGAAGCUGAAGCCUCGUGGGACAGAGGCCCUCUGCCCGAAGCUCAGGGAGACGCCCACGUCCAGAGAGUGUCAGGAGUCCACCGUGUCCCCACCUGCCACGUCCCCUUCCCUGUGAGCCGGCCAGAGAGCAGAACGGACUGUGACGGAGCUGCUGGGACCGACGCUGUCAACGAUGGAAAGGAAGCAAGCUGCUCUUUACAACGUGCACCUUUGAAAACUCAGAAUAUUUUAGUGGGAAAAUGUGUAACUCUCUUGGUUAUCAUUGUCUGCUGAAGAGGUUCGCUUGAACCAAGGUGUGUGUAAAUCUGUGUACAUAGGUGAUACACCCUUAUGUAUGAGGGAUUUUUUAUUAUUAUUAAUAAUAGAGGUAUAUGUGGGAAGACUGAAUAAUAAUAACCUAUUUUCUGGUUGUUGCUGGGGCACCACCUGUAUACACAGCUUCCGUGAACUCAACCAGCUGCCUUUGGAAAGGGAGCACUCCAGUUGUGUCUGUGUAAUCCGCUUUAUUUAUUUUAUUACCAAUGUCAAGAUUAUUUAAAUGAAGCUGUUUCCUCAGCUCUGGGGAAAGGCUGCAGUAUCUCCUGUGAGAUAGCAUCUUUGCUUUGGUCGCGUUCCGGACCCAGGCGAGCUCCUGACCACAGCAGGGAGUGGAGCUGCCUGCAGACACCUUGCUGCUUGCCUCCCUUGGCGAGAAGGAAUUGUAUCAGGAGGAAAUCCAUUCGAAUCUCAUGCCUCCCCCUCUGAUUUGCUAAGAAGUUGUCCUGUGUUAUGGGUGCUUCUGAGUAUCCUACCUCCUUGGAGAUAUGAUAGGCAAGAAGUAGGCAUGAGAUGGGGAGGGCGGUCACAGGGCAAGAUGUGACUUUUCGUCGUGGUUUCAUUUGCUGUGUUAAUGCUGUGUCCUGGGGUUUUAGGCAGUGGCCUUGAGUCCAGCCGUGGGACACAGAAACCAAGUAGGAAGCAAGAGGAUGAGGAUGUGUGUGUGUGUCAUUGGCCUGCAGUUUCUCUGUGUGCUUUGUGUUAUUGUCAUUGUUACUCAGAAAAAAAAAAAAAAAGAAAAAAGAGGGAAGUGUGUUUCUCC